UUGCCUGUCUCUCUUUCUAUGUGUUGCAGGGUGGAGUCAGUGCACAGGUGUUGCUAGUCAGCUGAUCAGGGAUCCAGCUAUAAAGAGGCUACCUGGCUGGGUUCGGGGUUCCCCUUCUCUCCAGGAGAAUCUGCGUUGCUUUUAUUUUGAGAAUGCAUUUUACAUUGUACCCUGACUUACAUUACAUCUUUAUUUUUCCACCAUCUUAUGGACACUGACUGUAGUUUACGUUUGCCCUACAUUAUUACUUUAAUAAACAUUUGUUAACGGUUAUCUACGUGUGGUCUCAUAUGUUAAGAUCACCACAAACGAGCCUGGUGGUCUUAACAUAUUGGGGGCUCGUAUCCGGUUUAGCUUUGGGACCUUUUUUCUUUUUGCGGAGUAGGUAAAUGCGCAGGUAUUGGGCAGGUGAACGUCCCAAAGUGGUGUCAAAAGACGCAACUAGGUUGAAUUGUGUAUUUGCAUAUUGGAUUGGCUACUCCGUUUGGGCUUGAGUGCACCCUAGAAGAUCAAAUUCGUCGGGAGACUCGCGUGGAUAUUACUUGUUUGAUAAGAGUGUUUUUGUAAUUAGUUUUGUUGCGAUUAAAUACAUGGAGAGAGGGAAACUAGUUUGGAUUCGCCAGGCUAUCUUGUAAACAACUGAAAAUUGACAAUGCUGGUUAUGCACAACGCCAAGUGAACGGUAGGCUAUGGUUGUUGAAGUUAUUAGUCACUAAAUGUGGGAAUUCUGUGGAGUGUGUAAGACAUAAUAGCACCUUGGUAAACUUUGUCAGAUUUAUUGUAGGUUUCGUUGUUUAGUUGCGGGAUUAAAUGGACGCGGUUGAGAGUUUUUUGGCCGCUCCUACAGCGGAACUUUUAAAUUCCCUCUCAAAAGAUAAUGUUUUUAAGGUGGCAGAGCAUUUUCAAAUCGAGAUAACCUUAAGUAAAACCAGUAAAGUGCAUGCACUUAGGACAUUUCUGAAAGAUAGGCUGGUCGAGCGACAGGUGUUGACUCUCUCUUCGGAUACGGAGGAGCCAGCUGCACAUUCGAGCCCUCAUUUGGUAGCUCCGGUGAAGUUGUCUUUUGACACUUCACGUUCCAAUGAAGGCCUUACAUUUGAACAGCGUAAGGAGCUGCGGCUAUUAGAGUUGGAACAACAGUCUAAAGACCGUGAUUUAGAUCGUCAAUUGGAACUGGAUAAAUUUAAGGUACAGCGCGAAUUGGAAUUACAAAAAGAGGAAUAUGGGUUGAAGGACAGGGAACAGGCACGUCAGUUAGAACUGGAGAAAAUUCGGUUUAUGCAUCAGUUAGAAGAGAAGAAACUAGCUCAUGAAGUCGAGCGUUUGCGGCUGGUGGCUGAAGGUAAGAUUACUGAUGGUACCCUGUCUGGUAAUGACGGACGUUCGGCAGGCUUGAAUUUAGCUCAUAUGAUUAAAUUGUUGCCUAGAUUUAAUGAGAAGGAUCCAGACGUUUUUUUUUCUUUGUUUGAGAGCAUAGCAGAAGAUAGAGGUUGGGAUGACACUGAUAAAAUCUUGCUCUUGCAAAGUGUACUAGUGGGUAAAGCUCAGGAGGCUUAUAUUUCUCUAUCGGGGUCUCAGAGGAAAGUUUAUAAGUCUGUUAAGGAAGCCGUCUUAAAAGUGUAUGAGUUGGUGGCCGAGGCCUACCGCCAGCGUUUUAGGAGUUGGCGGAAAGGGGAGAAGCAGGCUCACGUGGAGGUAGCCAGAGAAUUAGGCACUCAUUUUUAUCGUUGGCUGGCAGCAGAGGUCUAG